AAUUAUACGGAAAUGGAGACGCAUCCUAUCAAGUCUCUCAAUUACCAGGCAUAUAAGGACCAAGAGCAACACAACAAGAGCAAGUCUGCUGUGGUGCGUCUCGUUUGAAAGGCACCAUGUGGAGCAUAUUACUCUUUCUCCUGGUCCAGCCUUUGCACACCGACAGCAUGGUGUGCCCUAGCAGCUGCAUGUGCAACCUAGAGGGGGCCGUCAAAUGUGUGGGCAACAUCAGGGACGUGCCCAAAGGCAUGCCCACCAACAUGUACCUACUUCAGCUGAAUGGCACCAACAUGAAGGUUCUGAACGAACAGAGUCUGGCCAUGUUGCCCCUUUUGCUGCGUUUAGGCAUCAGCCACAGCCCCCUGGACACCAUCCACCCUGAGGCCUUCCAUGUGGCCCCGCAGCUCCUCUCCAUCAAGCUGUCAUCCAACGCCCUCUCCAGCCUCCCUUCCCGGGUGUUCAGCCCCUUGGUCAGCCUGGAGCAGCUGCAUCUGGAUGACAAUCGUCUGGAGUCCAUCGCUCCCGUGUUGUUCGAGGAUCUGGCCAACCUGAACGAACUGGACGUCAGUAACAACGCCAUCGCUCACCUCGCCCCCAAUGUUUUCCACGGACUGAGUAGCCUGCGCUAUCUCAACCUGGGGAGAAACUCCCUGCAGCAGCUGCCCCCCACCUUGUUCCACUCAUUGACGCGGUUGCAGUUCCUCAUGCUCUACAACAACAAGCUAGAGCGGCUGGAGGUGGGUGCCUUCGACGAGCUGGCCAACCUCCUGGAGCUCAAACUGCACAACAACCAGAUCGCAUACAUCCCCCCCGAGGUGUUCUGGGCCCUAGGCAACCUCAUGACACUCACCAUAUCCUCCAACCUGCUCCAGGGUGUCCCAAAUGAAAGCUUCUACCACCUUCCCAAACUCACCAAGCUCACUAUCUACAAAAACCCUCUGCUGUCACUGCCUGAUAAGUUGAUGGGCCAAAUGCCCAGGAUGAAGGAAUUCUACCUGUAUGACACCAACCUUAGCACCGUGCCCUGGAGCCUGUUUGCCAACAUGAGCGGGAUGGAGAGGCUCUCCCUGCACCUCAACAACAAGCUGAGGGAGCUGCCCCCUGACCUUUUUUGCUGCCUGCCCAACCUCCAGAAGCUUUCUCUCAAGUCCAAUGACAUCCAGGAUCUACAUCCAGAUAUCUUCUCCAAGCUGGCCAAUAUGAACACUCUGCUCCUGAAUGAUAACAAGCUUCGCUCCCUUUCUGAGGACAUAUUUAAGGGCAACCCCAGUUUGGCCAGCGUCGAGCUGAAGAACAACCAGCUGCGGACCCUUCCGGGGGAGGUCUUCUCUACUGCAGGGGGUUUAAGGGUUGUCACUCUGAGUGGCAACCCAUGGGACUGCAGGUGUGGCAUCAGAGACAUUGCAAGUUGGAUAAAGCUUAAUGAAGGCGUGGUUAGUGAUCGUGCGGAUGUGAUAUGUCGUAAUCCGUACCCUCUACUUCUCCGCCCACUUGGUUCCCUACUCGACGAAGAGUUUAAGUGUGACGUUACCACACCCUCGAGCAGCCGCUCCACCCGCUCUUCGAUUGAACUCAGCCAUGCCGUUUCCACUACAGCUCUUGAGGAGCAAGAGGUGGUAGACUUCACAGCCACAACUACUGCACCCGAGGCUCCAUCAACCCAACAAACAGAAAAUCCUACUGAGAGUGUCCGGUUCACCACACCUGGGACUAGGCGCACAACAGCUGCCACACCGACCGCCGACGUUCUCGACAUUCUUGACGAUGACUAUAUAUUCAAGCCUAUGGGCACCGAAUCGCUCCCCGUCCAUGUCCUAUCCCCGCCCUUCCACGACAGGCUGGUGUUUGAGAACGGGCUCGAGUUUGUGCACAACAACCGCCUAAAGGGCUGGGUUUACCUGUGGACGCUGCCACCCAAUGGGGCUUACGUUGGUUUCCUCAUGGCUCUCCACAUCCUUCUAGUGGCCACAGGCGUGGCCCUGAUUCUGGCUGCCAUGUACGGGAUGUACCGUCUCCACCAGGCCACGGAAGACCUAGGAGCAAUACUCACAAACAGGAAACACGCCAUCAUAUCAGAGAGGAAGCAGAAAGACCAAGAUAAACUGUAGCUUCACCAAAUGCGAAGAUGCAGUACAGUAUGUGUCGAGAGUAUCAUUGUGGUGAAACAGUUUUUAAAAGAAUAGCGGAACAAGACCUUGGGAAACCUGUCAAUGUAAAGCACAAGCCAACGCUGUCUGCAUUAUUUGAAGUUCGUUAGCAUUAGAAGAGUGUAACUGACAAUUUAUUCAUUAGGCAUAUCUCGUCUCCUACCAGUGGUAGGAGCUUUAAACAACAGGAACAAAGAAUGAUCCUCUCACAACAUUGGUCCAAAGAGCUAGACCGUUAUGGAGUUAGGCUAGCUCUUUUUUUAUUAUUAUUGUGAAAAUAACGGAUGACGGUAUUGAUGACUACGCGGACCGAGCGAACAAUUUCUCAAUUCUAUUGGGUGAACCAUAUGUUCACUAAGCUGUGGGUAAAAUUCACUUCUGGAGUACAAGCUAAGCAACCUUGUCUUACUCCUAAGAGUUUUCCAGUCAAUUAAUGGCCAUAUGGUGACAGUACGCAUUCUUUCAGCGAUACAACGAUUGGCAACAUCUAACCAGUGGAAAAUAACGUUGUCAUGGCUUAUUAGUUAGAGCUCAUACUGUUGCUGCAGCUGGGGAAAGUAAGCCGAACCGCAUGAAUAGAAAUGUCCUGAUGUCAUAUUAUCUUAUUCCUGUCUUUCCUACUAGCAGCUAUGAGUGAUCCUAAUAUGCCUGUAUAUUUUACACACACACACACAGACAUACACACGUGAGGUACUGAUAUCUUACUAUUUAACUGCUCAGAGACAUCUUGGUAGGCCGACAGGUGUGAAUGAUGAAUAUUAGGGGACUUUUGGAUGACCCCCACAAAUCACAAGACCAAUUGUAGUCAUUUAAAUGUAUUAAACACAUUGAAAAAAAGCAGACCAAGGGGACAUGAGCUUCAUGUAUUGUAGGUGGUGCUUUUCUUUUGACUCACGGGACACGACGGACAGAUACGAUGAGGCUCCUAUCUCAGUCCUAAAAAAUGGGAAGCUCAAGUACACCAUUUGUCAAUAUCAUAGUGUAGGAAGACAUUUUUCAUUGGGAAAUGUUCAUUGCAAUGUUCCUUCCAAAACAAAAACAAGCAUCCACAUGAAAAACUGUUUAAUGCAUUGGUAUUCAUUUAUCACCAUGUACAAAGUUGCCUAUAAAAUCAUUUGUUUUAUCCCAUUACUCUUGUGUUGGCAGAUCAUUCUCAUGUAGGCUAUUUGAGAACUACGCUGUUAAGAUAGAAAGACUCAAAGCAUCGUCAUUGUGUAGUGGAACCAUGAAAAGCAGUUCACCUAAGCUGAGAUCUGGUGUUUGGAGGGUGUUUGAAUGUAAACCCAAUGCCAGUGUUCUAGUACGCUGAAUGUAUUUGGAAAACAGAAUGGAGAUUCAGAAAGUGGUUCUUCAGUUUGAAGGUUGGUGUUAAGAUAGUCUUGUGAAAACCAUUUCUGGUGUUUCAGUGCAUGUAAAAAGCAGCAUCUGAGCACAAAAAGCAUGUUUUGGCAGACUGUCUCUCAUACAAUCAAAUGGUUUUGAAAUGAAAAUGAUUUACAGCAUAAAUAUUGAUUGGGGAUGAUUUUAUUUGAGUUUUAAAAAUUAAGAUAAUUAUGGGAAUUGAAUACUUUUCCUAGGGUAGACAAGGGCACUAAUUAUAGGCUACUGUUUCCAGACCCAUUGUGAGAUUAGAAUGAUGCUACUAAUCAAAAUGACAACUCUUUAUGUUGUCAAAACAUUAUCUUAGUCCACUCAGUCAGUCUUCAGGACUAAACUGUUGUGCUGAACCACCCUUCUUGUACUGAGCACAUCGGGCCUUAUUCAGACUUGCGAUAGACUUAACAUGGACUCAAUAAAAUAUGGACUUAACUCAAAAAAUGUUAAAGUCCAUGUUAAAUCAACUUAUCUUUAUUUUUUCUGUGCUUUGUUUAGAAAGAUUAGUAACAGGAGACUGAUUAAAUAGUUAAUUUUACCCACUCAACCACACAGCCACGUACCGUGUGAAGAACUUGGGCCCCCAUAUCAGAAUGUUUAGAUUAAAGGCAAAAUUUGAACUUCAGACAUUGUGCUUCUUUACUGUUUAGAAUUGCACCAGUCUGGGGCAUGGAGGUGGAGAGAGGGCAUUCGUAUCUGGUGUGCCCUCUAAGCAAACUCUAUGGUCAAGUAUAAAAACAGGCAAGCAUGCGGGCACCUCCCACCUCCCUACACCUCCCUAAAACUAUUCUUUCUGCACUGUUGCUCAAAUUUGUUUUAUAUAGUAUAGUAUAAGCUUCUGUCUUACGCAUCCUAAAUAAUGCCAUAGAUUCCGUUUUUGCAAAAUAGUUAAGCAUGAUGUAAGAUGUGAACCUAGUAUUCCAACAGAUUAGGCUACUAAAGCCAAUGACAUACAGCUGUGCCACGAUGCUAUAAUGAAAACAAUGGGGGGGGGGGAAAUAUCUCUGAUAAUCACACACUGCUAUUUAUUGCUGACCAGCAGGGGUCACUAAUGUGCAUUGGGAACAUAAUAAAGCUCUGCGUAAUUAACAGUUUAUCGGCACAAUUUGGUGAAAGCGCCGAAGCCUUAAGAAAGCCUCGGUUUCCCAUCACUACUUAUAGCUGCACUAGGGUCAGACAGGCUUCAUGUGUAGAUUAAGAAACCCCGGAGCUAGUGCGAGAUAUGGCUCGGAAAACGCAUCUCAAUUCAGGGAUGAGAAAUGUGUUGUAUUCCAAAUUGUCCUCUCAUCCCAACUGUUACACCGAAAAGAUUGAAAACGGUUGUUUUUAUCCUCAUGCUAGCUAGCAGUAGCCACAGCAGCCAUUGUAGAAUGGCAUGUCGCAUUGAACAACAAAGGACCUGAUUUGUUGACAGGGCCAUUCCUAAAUGGCUACUGUUGCUUCUGCUGCCUAAUAUUAGGAUGAAAAAAAGGACUGUUUUCUGGAAAAACUAGCAUUCGUUAAGUCUUCUACGCGUAACAGUUGGGAUAAUGGGACAAUUAGGAGCACAAGGCACUUCUCAUGCCUGGAUUGAGGUACGUUUUCCGAGCAAUAUCACGCCGGCUCCGCAUUGUCUUAAUCUACACAGGAAGUCUGUCCGACUCUUAUACAGCUGUCAGCAAGCGGGUCGGAUCUGCUGGCUAAACAACAGCGUUUGUUUUGAGUAGCAUUUCGGCUGCUAACGGUUGCUGUACGCUUAUAGUUCAAGUCAAACAGACGUUUUGAUUCGUCGGUUCAUUUUCUUAAUGCUACAUGGUAGUUAACUGCCACGUCGUGCAGAUGUUUUUAUGCAAAUGAAGGCCUGUUUUUUUGGCUUGCCAGGUAUUUCUUUUGUUUGGCUUGCCUACUAGCUUUAUAUAUUGUUUGAAGCCUGCACCACAUGCUAUAUAUGUUACACCAAAUAGCCACUGCCAAUUUAGCCUCGUCUAGCGUUGGCCUGCCUCGCCACAUGUUACUGCAUCCCACUUUUGACAUUCAUAUGGUUCUGUUGUUGCUAUAUUUACAUAGCUUCAUCAAUGUAUAUGCAUUUUGCAUUCUGCUAUUAAUGUUUAAUACUUGUAUAUUCGUAUAGCAAUUCAUGAAUAUUAUAGCAGUUAAUAACUUCAUUAUGCAUUCGUGCACCAUCAUUAUUGCUUGUUAUUAUUAUUUGCCUGUAGAGAAACAUACGUACUACGUUACCAACAGGCUGGCCAUACCUAACCAAAGGAAUCAAGACAAGGAUCACAGACUAAUGCCAUCUGACCUGUCAACUGUCAAUCAUAUCGUUAAACUCAACUUCAAUACAUCUGAACAACCUUCCAUGUACCAUCUUCUGAAUUUAAAGACUGAAUUCAAAAACAUGAGCAUAAUGGAUGAUUGGUGUAUCGCAUUGAGCCCUGGGCUGAAGUUUUGUAUUAGUAGUCUUGCCUGUAUUUUUGUCCAUGAAUAUGAAAUAUAAUGCCAUAUUUCCCUUGAUUUAGAAGAAUAUGAUUAAUACCGUACAGAUCUUUGAACUGUCUUAAUCAAUAUUUUAAAAAUGUAAAAGACCUGUUAAUGUUUUGUUGUCAUUUGAUGAUUUGCAAAGAAAAGAUAAAGCAUUUGAAACUUCAAAAUCA